AUGCAAUAAUCACCAAAUACUAGAUAGAUAUUAGAUUUAGAUUUUUAAAAAGAACUUUAUUAAGAAGAUCUAAAGAAACUUGUGUCUAAUAUAUAAGAUAAAUAAAAAUUAUAUAACGACAAUAGAUUAUAAUAAAAUGAACUGGUCUAAAAAAUCAUAAGAAUAUGUUAAUAAAAAUAUGAGGAUGAUAUUAUUAAGAAGAGAAUUGAAUUAUAAGAGCUAAAAUAAAAGUCUGAUGAAUAAAAGGCUAAAUAAGAUGAAGAAUAUAGUAAUUUAGAAAUGGAACUUAAAAAUAAAAUAGUAAAUGUAUUCAUACGUUUUCAAAAAUAUUACGAAAAAAUAGCAUAAGAAAAAAGUAAAUUAGAAGAAUAUAUUAUUGGAGAUACAAUUGAUGGUGAUUAUACUCUAAUUUUAUAAAGUGUUCAUUAAUCAUUAUCUGAUUUUGAAUUAGCUAAAGACAAUGAAUGUAUAAAUUAAUAAACAUUUCUAUCCUUAAAAUCUCCAAAUAUUCACACUAAAUAACAUUAAAAAAUGUCUCAUUUAAAUUCAUAUGUUAAUACACUUAUUUUCAAAAUUGAAAACGCAGAUCAAUAAAUUUUAAAUAAUUAAUCUGAAAAUUCAUAAAUCUAAUUAAUUUUAUCAUAAAAACUCACAUCCCUCAAACAAUAAAUAAGAUAACUAUAAUAAUUUAAUUAAGAUUGUAUACAAGAAGUAUUUGAUCUUUAAUAAGACUUUCUUACUAAUCAAAGAAAUCUUAAAAAUUUAAGAAUUAAUAUUUAAAAUGCUUUUGCUAAAGAUGAAGAAAAAAAGUGUGCAGAAAUUAGUUAAUUAGAAUAAUAAAAAAAUGACAUGGAUAAAAGUUAUAAAUCUUAUACUUAAAUUAUGUUAUAAGGAAAUAAUUAAAGAAAAGAUUAUGAAGAAAAUAUAUUUAGAUUAAUUUCAUUAUCAAAUUCAUUAAUCCAAUCAUUAAAUAAUAGUAUUGAAUAAUUUAGAUCAUAAUUGGAAGCAUUUUCAUUAACUCCAGAUACCAAAACACCUACUAAUGCUUCAAUCAAAAAACUUAAUCUAUUGAAUCCCUAUAAAAAAAUUUUAAAUGAAAAAAUACAAACAGAACCUUCUACAUAUAAUGUAUAGAAAUCAGUAUACUUUAGAAGAAAACUUUAAGUUGAAAAAUUAGGAUCAAUUAAAACAGAUGAGAAUAAUAUUUCUGCUAUUUUUAAAUAAACUUCUCAAUCACCUAAUUUUAGAAGUUAAAUUUUACCAGAAAAAUAAACGGCAUUACCAUUAAAAUGUUCUUGUCCUCCUGAAUGUUAAUGUUAAUAAUAUAUCUAAGAAUAAAUUCAUACUUGUAAUAAUUAAUUAUAUAUCAAUUAAAAAGGAAUUAUUUUAUGUUAGGUUUGUUAAAUUUCCUUUUAAAUAAAUGAACAUCAAUUUUACUGUUAAUUCAAUAAGACUAAAAAUAAGUUCAAAUAAUUUCAAGAUUUUAUCCAUUCUUUUUGGAAAUAUAUAAUAAGUUUAACGUUAAAUUAAUCUAUUGUAGAUUUUUGGAUAGGUCUAAUUAUUAAUUGUAAAUAAUAAUGGUAAAAUGGUUCACCUAGAUUACCUUCUAUAAAAUAAGAUGAAAUUAUUGUAAAUUUUCAAUCGAAUUGUCCAAAUCAUAGUUAUUGUAAUCAUAAAAGUCUUCUGCCUCAAAUACAUUCUAAUUGUAAUACUCCUUUAUAAUUUUCCAAUUAUGGAGAUGUUAUAUGUAAAAGAUGCCAGUAUUCUAUGUUUAUUUAAUAUCAUUUAAUUUAAUGUCCUGAAAAUAAUUAAUUUUAUGCAUUUUAAAGUGUAGAAGAAUUCAUUUUAUCAAUUGAUCCAUAUAUAAAAUAAUUGAUAAGAUAAGAAAAAAAUGAUUGUAAUUAAUUUUUAUAAUCAUUGAUUAUUAAUUUGAAUAAAAAAUGGAAAUGA